AUGAGAGCGUUGUGGGCUCUGUGUCUGCUCCACUUGUCGGUGGCGAUAGACAAGGGGAAGAAAGAUGUGUCGAUCGACAGGGCGACUUUAGUGCGCGUGCCGACUCUGCUCUACAAAGACACUGAAGUCCGUCUUCUAGCAAAACUCAACUGCAGAGGCAAAGAUGCCGAAGCAGGAAAGGUUGAAGUCAAGUGGGUUAUGCGAUCGACGGACUGUUUGGACGAGUAUAUGCACAUGACGAAGUCGGACGUGAGUAUCUGGUACUUGCGCAAGCCAGGAAUGCGAAAAGAAGAUGGCGGGAAAGGGGUCUACCAGAAAUUUGAGGAGACGAUCAGUUGCAAUCAGAAUCACCUUACUGACCGAUCUGACGAGCCCUGGCAGCCAAUCGACCAAGUAUUCAACGAGAAAAAGGAGGAAGACGCCAAAACUCGCAAGCGGCGAGAAGGCGAAACCGAUAUUGACGAUACAGGAAACUCGAUCUCUUACCGACCCAGUCCGCAUAGCUUGGGUGAUCUGUCCAAGAUCAACACAAUCACAACUACCGAUCGCGAUGCACAGUUCCUGCUCAUCAUCGGCGUCACUUUUCUCGACGAUGACUCGAAAGCGGAUCUUCAAAUUAACUUCCGUGGUCCAAAAGGUUAUCUUUCAGCGGCCGAGUACCCCCUCCGUAAUUUUUACCUGACCAUGUGCAUUGUUUACACUUCAUUUGCGCUCGUGUGGUUGCUCUUCUCGUCAUUAAACUACACUGACCUGCUCCGAAUCCAAUUCUGGAUCGGCGGUGUGAUCUUUGUCGGCAUGAUUGAGAAGGCUGUCAAAUUCGCAGAGUAUGACAAUGUCAACAAAACUGGCAACUCUAUUGCUGGUGCGGAGAAAUUCGCUGAAGCCGUCUCUGCCUUUAAGCGCGCUACCGCGCGAAUGCUCGUCAUCAUUGUUUCUCUUGGUUUUGGCGUAAUCAAGCCUCGCCUUGGACCGAUGCUUCACAGAAUCGUCGGAGUAGGCGCCCUUUUCUUCAUCCUCGCCUCAAUCGAAGCCUUCAUUCGCGUCGAUUCCGCCUUCCAUGAUAUGGGCAAUCGAGCUCUAAUAUUCACUGAGAUUCCCCUUGCGAUUUUGGACUCGAUUAUUUGCUGGUGGAUCUUUGUAAAUCUACUUUCCACAAUGAAGACACUGCGCUUGAGAAGAAACGUCAUCAAGCUUAAAUUAUACAGAAAUUUUGCCAAUAUUAUUAUCUUCAUGGUUCUUGCCUCUGUGAUCUUCAUUUUAUGGGAUAUCAACGAGCAUAGAAGCAAGAGCUGUCUCAAGGCGUGGGACAACAUGUGGUUGAGAGAUGCCUUCUGGCAUAUCCUCUUUUCAAUUAUUUUGUUUUCAAUCAUGAUUCUCUGGAGACCAAGCGCAAUGAAUCAGCGAUACGCAUAUUCUCCACUUGUCGACGGCGUCGACAGUGACGAAGAGGAAGAACCGAAAGUACAGCCCGCAAGAGACACAGUGAAGCGACGCGGAGAGCGAAAGAAGUCUGAAACGGUAGAUCCAGAAGACAAAAUGGAAGAAGAUUUGAAGUGGAUCGACGAAAAUAUUCCGGAAACAGUGGCAGACGCUGCUAUUCCGACAAUGCUUGACUCUGACGAAGAUGUCGUCGAUGCGAAAUACGAAAUCAGUAAAAUGCAAUAA